AUGAAACAAAUAUAUAAUAUAUUAACUUUUUUAUUAAUAUUUAACGUUCAUACAUUUUUAAAAAAUGUUGAAUGCAAUGGACAUAUAAAUGAGAACUAUACAAAAAAUAUAAAAAAUGGAUUACAAGAUAAUAAUUUAGAGAUAGAAAAUGUUCUUAAUAUGAGAGGUUCUAGUUUUGAUAAGUUCAAAAAUGAUUUAGGAGAAUCAUCCAACGAAGAUAAAAAAGGUGAAAACAAAAUAUAUAAUGAAGGGUAUAUGUUUCUUAAUGGUAAAGAAAUUAAUGAUAAUCAUGGUAUGGUUAUGAAUUUUAGUAAGAAGGAUGAAGAAAUUCCCUUUUCUGGAAGUUCAAGCAAAGAUGAAAAUAAUACUGAAUAUGAUCCACAAAAGGUAUGUAAACCCGUGGGUUCUUUUGAUCAUUGUCCUAGAAAAGAUUUUGAUUCAAGAUAUGAUUGGCAUGGUGGAUUUGUAAAAAAUGUUUCAGGAAAUAACCAGGGAGUACUCAUGCCACCAAGAAGAAGAAAAUUAUGUCUCUUAAAUGUCAAAUACGGUAAUAAAAGAAUAAAUACUACACAAAAAUUGAAAGAUGAACUUCUUAAAGCUUCUUCAGGGGAAUCACAAUCUUUAUUUAAAUUUUUUAAAAUUAAAGAUUCCAAUUCAUUUAUAUCUAUAAAGUAUAGUUUUGCUGAUAUAGCAGACAUAGUAAAGGGAACAGAUAUGAUGGAGAGUAAUAUUUCAAAAUAUAUACAGAGUAUAUUUGAUAAAGAAAAUGGAAAUAAAGAAAAGAAAAUUAAUCGUGAGGAUUGGUGGAAGGAAAAUAGAGAUAGUAUAUGGGAGACAAUGAUGUGUGGACAAAAUGGUAAAAGAAAGGAUGAAAAAUUUCCAGAACAUAAUAACAUUGAUGAAAUACCACAAUUUUUUCGAUGGUUUAGAGAAUGGGCAACAAUGUUUUGUAAUGAAUAUGAAACUGAAAUGCAUUAUGUAUCAUUAGAAUGUAUUUCCAAGGAAAAUAAAAAUAAGACAGGUUCAUCGGGAGAUGAUUUAUCAAAAACAGAGAAAUGUAAUAAAGCCAUAAAAAAUUAUGAAAAUUGGUUUAAUACAAGACGUCAUGAGUGGAUUGAUCAAAGCAACAAAUAUGAUAGGGACAAAAGUACAUAUGAACAUGCAAAAAAUUUAUCACCUGAAGAUUAUUUAAAACAAAAAUGCACUGAGUGCCUUUGUACGAAAUCAAAAAUUACUGAUCUAUUUGAUAAAGAUUUUAAUAAAGAAAAGUUAUUAAAGGUAUUAAAGGAAACGGCAUCCAGUCAACAAACGGCAUCCAGUCAACAAACAGCACCCAGUCAACAAACGACAUCUGUCACUUCUGUGGAAAAUGCAGGAGCAAAAUCCCCAGAUACUAGUGUUAAUGAAGGACAACACGUUGAAGAAAACGCUGAUCAAGGUACUGCUACACCUCCAUUAUCUGUUUCUUCGGAGUCUGAUAAUUCCCCCAAUUUACCUUCAAUAAAAGAUUCUCAGGUUCCUAUAACUAAUCAUGAUCCUUACGAAAGAGUUUUGGGCUUGGAAUUUGGUAAUGUGAAAGGUCCUGGUGUAAAUCCUUAUAUUUCGUCUGAAGAAGAAAAAUCUCUGGAAUUAAUAAAUUUAACCUCAUGGGAUAAAGAAGAUAUAAUCAAACAAAAUGAGGAUGUACGAGAUGAAAUAGAAGAACAGCAACAAGAAACACAAGAAGAUGAAGAAGGAUUUGAAAGUGAUUUAAAUGAAGUAGCAGAAACAAACGAAGAAGAUCAAAAUGAAAUUCUGGAAGAAGAUGAAGAAGAUGAAGAAGAAGAAGAAGAUGAGGAUGAAGUAGAAGAAAAUAUUGAAGAAGAGAAAGAAAAAAAGGAUAGGGAAAACUCAGAAUCGGAAGAACAAGAAAAGGAGGUAAAAGAGAAUGAACAAGAUACUCAAAAAGAAAACGAAGAAAAAAAAGUUUCAACGAGAGAUGCAGAUGAACAUCAAAUACUCUCAGUAAAUUAUAAGAACAAUAAUGACUUAAGAAAAGGUGCCGAAUCUAUAGUAAAAAAAUUAUUUAGUUUAUUUAAUGAAAAUAAUAAUUUAGAAACUAUGUUUAAAGAUUUGACAAAAGAUAUGACAAGUUUGUUUCAACAAUAA